CACUUUAUGAUGGGAAGACGCGGCGGGGGUGCGCGCAGAAGGGUCCUUUUCUGACAUGACAGAGCCUCUUUGCUGUUUGAUUACUGUACAACAAAUAGAUGGAGAAAAUUACGUACGGGACGGGCGAUAUUUUGGAGCGCAUGAUUGCUGGGCUGGCGCUGGGUCUGCAGCUCAGGGCCUCCCUCCUUUUUUUUUUCUUCUUAUCUUUCUUUCUCUUUCUUGAGUCCAUGUUCGAGGAAGGAUAUCCAAACGCCGCUCUGGCCUCGGAAGAGGUUGCCUCAAUCUUGUAUGAAUACCUACCAGCGGGGACGGGGACUUGGGCGCCCGUCUGUCUCUGGUUGUGAUAGACAUUUUGUUUUAAUUGAAAAGCCCGGAGCAGUCUUGACGAGUCGGCUCUGCUUGUCCUAUCCUUACUCUGGUCAAGUUAGAUUCCACAGAAAGCUCCA